AUUAGAAAAGAAAAGAAAAACUACAAAAAACAGUAAACAAAGUAAUGUGCGUAUGUGGAAAUCAUCGCUGUUGCCACCACCACGUCAUUUGGGGCAAACUUCUCGGCACUGUAUCUCGUUGUUAGAUGAGAAGCAUAUAUUGCAACAACAGCAGCAGCAUUUGCAGAAACAGCAAGCACAACCCAGUCAACAGCAGCAACAGCAGGUGCACCUACAACAGCAAUCACAUCAGGUUCUCCAGAGAAAUCAAGACUACGAAAAACAGCAUGCACCUGAUAACACAAAGAUAUAUUCUCCUACGGCCUUAAUACAUUCACAGCCCAAACCCAUGUCUGCAGAAGAACGAAGAAAAUUUGAGGUAACGAAUAGUGAUAAUAUUAAAAUAAUUAUAACCCAGUUUUGUAACUUAUAUUAAAAAAAAAAUA